CUUCUCAAACGGAUAAUCCACGCGCGCCCAUGGCCACCGCCGCCGCCACCACCUCCUCCGCCUGCAUACCCUUCUCCUCCCACCACCACCACUCCCCCUACUCAAUCACCAAACUAUCCUUCACAAGGCGGCCGAUCUCCAAAUCCCCCCGCCUACUCACAACAAAGCUCCACGUGUCGUCUUCCAAGCCAACCCCCACCACCGCCGGCGCCGGCGCCGCCACCACGGCCAAGAAAAACGAAGAAGCCAUAUUCUUCGACGGCGGGGCUCACUACGGAGACCUUCUGGCGAACCUGAUCCUGGGAUUCACUCUGCUCUGGCUGCCGCUAACACUGGCGGCGGUGUUCAGGGCGUUUUACCUGAGGUACAGGUUCACUAACCUGCGGGUGACGGUGAUAUCAGGGCUGACGGGGCAGGACAGGAGCGACUUCUCGUACGACGUCGUAAAAGAUGUGCAGGUUGUACCGAGGUUUAUCGGAGAGUGGGGUGACGUUAUCAUAACCCUAAGAGAUGGAACCAAGGUUGAUUUGAGGAGUGUGCCCAAGUUUAGAGAGAUUGCUAAGUACUGUUUGUCUAUGGCCGAGAAGCCUGUUGUUUUGAAGGAGAGUGGUGUUAAGGGGUUUUGAGAUAUAUGGCUUUUUUUACUUUUUUUUUUUUUUUUGUUUACAAGGUUUGUAAUAAAUUUAGAAAAAAAAAAAGAUUGCAUUUGUAUGAAGUGAGUACAUUUAUUUUGUUCAUGUUGUUGUAUGUGAUUAAUUGGUUCUACUGUUUGUUGUAUAUAUUGUUGAUUAAUGAUCUGCGGGAUUUCGAUA